AUGCUCAGUCGAGUUUUGUUUGCGCCUUCUCGUGCGCUUCGGCAUCAGACGGAAUCUUUGCGAUCAUUUUACUCAUGCUCAAUCCGCUUCGACUCGCUCCCGACUAAAGAUAUGCCGACAGCUACAAUGAGCCGAGGCGAAUUUGUUCGUCCUAGGGUUGCAGACCAGGCCAUGGUGUCCCGAGUUGAGACGCCUAUUGCACGUCCUAAAAUGCCAGAGGCCGUCAAGGAGUAUGGUUUUGAACAGGCUCCCAACCGCUACGAAACUUGGAGCGAAUCUCAACGACCAAAGUCUGAAGCUAUGAGGGGACCUCGAUUCGAACAGAUGGACCCAAGUUCUCAGCCGCAGAGUCUUUCCGCCAUGGAGUUAAUCAACAAUUACCCACUUCAGUUUACUCAAGAACGUGUAACUUCUUGUGAUGGUGGUGAUGGACCGCUAGGACAUCCUCGCGUGUUCAUCAACUUGGACAAGCCCGAACCCAAGCCGUGCCCAUACUGUGGUAUACGUUACCAAAAGAUCGAUCAUGACCACCAUUAA